CACCAUAACCGUUUGUCAUGACUGAGAUAUAGUCGUCCGUCUUAAUCGUCCGCCGAUGUCAUGGGAAUAUGAGAUUACAAUGGUGUCGGACUUGCCGAUGGGGCAGUGAUAAAAGCAAUGAGCAACGCCGUCAACAUAACCGAACACCUCCAUCACGAUGUCUACCCCGCUAUUGAUCCCCGAGGAGCAUUGAAGGAUUCGUGCCAGGGGAAGUCGGUGCUUGUCACUGGCGCAGGCCGUGGGAUAGGCAAGGCAACUGCAAUCGCAUUCGCACUCGCGGGUGCUUCGAAUAUCGUCCUCACCGCACGUUCGCAAUCUGAGCUCGAGUCUGCUCGCAACGACAUACUCUCCGAGUCGCAACUCGGAUCAAAGCCCAAGAUUCUCAUUCAAGUGACAGAUGUCACCUCGGAAGAGUCUGUCAAAGCGCUCUUUGACAUGCUCGAGAGAGAGAGCGUUCAGGUUGAUGUGCUCAUCAAUAAUGCCGGCUACCUGGAAAAGACCGUCCCAAUACAUGUCACUGAUACCGCAGAAUGGUGGAAGACAUGGGAAGUCAAUGUUAAGGGAACGUUCCUGCCUACACACUAUCUCCUCAAGACUGUCUUCUCAUCGAAUGCCACGGCACCGACGCCCAUAACCAUCAUCUGUACAUCGUCAAUCGGAGGUUUGACAACGCGUCCUGGGUUCAGCGGGUACCAGCCCACGAAAACCGCUAUCAACCGCUUCGCAGAGUUUGUGCAUACAGAGUACGGAGACAAAGGUGUGCGCGCAUUCUCGUACCAUCCAGGCGGAGUAUUGACCAAGUUGGCCGAGUAUGGCAUGCCCCCCGAGUUGGUUCGCACUGCCCUCAUAGAUAAACCCGAGCUGGCUGGCGGGUUCUGCGUUUUCCUCACCGCUCCAGGGAGAUACGCGGAUACAGAUGUAUUCAGAGGGAAGUAUGUCUCGUGCAAUUGGGAUGUGGAGGACAUGGUCAAGAAGGGAAAGGAAAUCGCAGGGACAGAGGACGAGGCGAGAUGGCUGUUAAUGAAGCUAGUCACCUAAGCGCAGAGCCCCUUGUGCAACAUAACGAAUGGACAAUUGUGUUAGUAGAAGGUGACAUAUCAGCGCUCCUGGACGCCAAAGCUCAAGGCAAAAUACGCAGUGUCGGC